CCGCGUCCAUUCCUCUUUCGUUCUCAGUUCUCUCUCGACCAACUCCCUAUAUAUACAAUAACGCCUCUGUGCAACCCCCACCUGUUGGAUGUUGUUCAACUCUCGAUCUACUAUAACAGGCGAUUGAAGGGAUCAUUCUGCCUCUCAGCUGCUGUUUGGCUCCUUUGUUCUCUUUCUCUGUCUCUAAUUUAUAUAUGCAGAUCGGAUUAGUUCAACUUGCCGUUCACGACCCCGUCGUUUUUCCGGCGAGACGUACCAACUUUGCCUCUCGCGGGUCGCGUUUGAACCCUUCUACAAGGACUUCGGCCUGGGCGGUUCAGACGCCAUAUCCAGUAACAUCGAAUGAUACAAGGAUCGGCCAUUACAAUUCCGCCGAGUCGACACGAAUCCACCUUGCCAACUUAGAUAAGCUGCUUCAAAAGCAUGAUCCUCCACCACUGGCCGACCAGGAAAUCCUCCACAAGCAUUCCGGCAAUGGGUCUCCUGAAAACAUGGGAAGGCGUCUCCUGGAAGGCCUCAACUUGGCGAGGAUAUGGCCGGAGUCUAGGGCAGCAGAAGAGAUGUCGCCGAGACAUCUGAACCGUCUAAAGAGACUCCUCUCGAAAACGCAGGAAUACUCACCGAGAAAUAAUCUAGGGACACGGUGGCGUGAGUACCACGGCAGCAAAAAUUGGGCCGGCCUCCUGGAUCCGCUCGACGAGAAUCUCCGGCGCGAGGUCGUCAGAUACGGCGAGUUUGUUCAGGCGUCGUAUCACGGGUUUCACUCAAAUCCUGCCACGUCGGAAGACGAAUUUUCCAAGCCUCGGCACGUGGCAUUACCGGACAGGUCAUACAGGGUGACCAAGAGCCUCUACGCCACAUCAUCGGUAGGGCUGCCGGAGUGGGUAGACACUGUGGCGCCGGACAUGGGGUGGAUGACUCAGCGGACCAGCUGGAUCGGGUACGUCGCGGUUUGCGACGACAAGAGAGAAAUCUCAAGGAUGGGGAGGAGGGAUAUAGUCAUCGCUCUGCGUGGAACCGCCACAUGCCUAGAGUGGGUAGAGAACGUCCGGGGCCUAUUGAUCCAGCUCCCCGGAGAGGAGGAGGAAUCGAGCAGCCAGCGCCCGCCCAAGGUGGAGCAAGGAUUCUGGAGCUUAUACAGCACCCAAGGGCCCCAUGCGUCAAGCCUAGCCGAUUCCAUAAAGGAAGAGAUACGCAGGUUGAUGGAGCUCUACAAGGGUGAGACCCUGAGCAUCACGGUGACGGGUCACAGCCUAGGCGCGGCCCUGGCGUUGCUAGCGGCAGACGAGCUGAGCACAUGCGCCCCAGACAUGCCACCGAUAGCGGUCUUCUCCUUCGGAGGGCCGCGCGUGGGCAACCGGAGCUUCGGCAAUCGGAUGAGCAAGCGAGGCGUAAAGGUUCUGCGCGUCGUGAACUCACAAGACGUGAUCACCAAGGUCCCAGGGAUGCCGGUGGGCGAGGGGCUAGACCAGAAGCUGAAGGGAACGAACAUGGAACGGAUGGUGGAUGUGCUGGACAACAUGCCGCUGUCGUAUUCUCACGUAGGGACGGAGCUCAGAGUGGACAGCAAGAUGUCGCCAUAUCUGAAGCCCAACGCUGAUGUGGCAUGUUGUCAUGACCUGGAGGCUUAUCUGCAUUUGGUGGAUGGGUUCUUGGCAUCCAAUUGUCCAUUCAGAGCAAACGCCAAGAGAAGUCUUGCGAGGUUGCUACAUGAACAAGGGUCUAAUGUGAAAAAAUUGUACACAAGCAAGGCCAAGGCCCUGACCCUGAACGUAGAAAAGCAAGCAGUAGUUCCAAUUCCAAGCUGUUUACCGAGUCCAUCGUAGUAGCUCCAACUACUGCAACUCUGUGUGUUAAUAAAAUUUAAAAUAAAUACAUUGUUUUCAUUCUGUAAUUUCUUCUUAAUCAGUUCUGGGAGGAUGAUCGAGGAUUUGGUCUAUUAACAGAGCCUUUCGUAUAUUUUGAUCUAA